CGAAGCCAGAGAGGACUCCGGCGGCAAAAGGUGACCAGGAGGUGAGAAAGAGUCACUGGCAGGACCCAAGAAAAACCGCUUCUUUCUCUCUUUGCAGGGUGAGGGGGUGAAGGGGAUAGGAUGGGAAUUGAGCUUUGAAACUUUUUAGAAAACCUUUGGGGACGUUUGGCUGCAUUCCAAGGCUUCCGAUGAGGCCGCCUUUCUUGUUUCCUUGUGACAGUUGUUGACAUCUGUGCUGCCAUGGAAUUGUGUCUGUCCCUGUUUUCGUGAAGCCAGAGAUCCCUUGGGUCAUUUUUUCAAGAUUCAGAAUGACUACUGAUGUUUUCAGAGAUGGCAUCUAGGGCUUCUUCUCUACGUCCUAAGGGAAGGAUUUUCUUUCUUGGAAUAGAGUCACCCCAAAUCCCCAACCACAGCGCUCCCUUUCUCCUGGUAGCUUUUCCCGGGGGUCCCUGGAGCACCCAGGUGAGCUUUUCCAGUUUCCCUCUUUGAAAUGCCAAGAACUACAUCUCCAGACACCGCUCAAAAAAAAAAAUUGCAAAGUAGUUGAAUCUUUUCAGAUCAUUAUGAAUUGGGGCAGAGAAAUGAGGGUUUGGGAGUGGCCCUGACUUCUCUGUUACCCCUCCUGGGGAGGGGCAGUCUUUGUGGGGAACCCCUCCCCGGACAGGCAGUACCAUUCCAAGAAGCUCAAGCCCUGUGUUUUCUUUAUAAAGUCUCCUCCAUUUGUCUUAGGAGACAGACAACUAACUUCUUUAGUUGAAAGAAUAGGGGAAAAUUUGGAAUGUCUAAUGUAGUCGUGAGAAAACUCAAAUUUUACGGACUUUCCUAGCACAUGGGAUGUGGUGUGACACCGUUUGUUCUUAAGCCUUAGUCCUUAUCCACAAAAAGAUCAUUUAGCCUUUCCCUCCCCCAGCCGUUAGGACUUUGAGCAAUAUCAGUAUGAUGCAGAGUUUCUGGAGACUUUUUUUUUUUAAAUCAAUAACUGUGCUGGGUACGAGCCAACCCUCGGGAGAGUAGAGGCAAGAAGAUCAUGAUUUAGGAGAAAACUUGGGGACAGUGAGACCUCGUGUCAAUCUGAAAAGGAAAAACAGGCAGGUUCUAUUUAUGGGAGGUACUUCAGGUAUCUGGAAAAGACGAGCAAACUGAGGAACCAGAGGGUCAACAAAGGCCAAAAACCUUCCUUUCUCUUGCUGAGAUCGUUCAUAAAAAAUCCUCCGGGAUGUCUGAGCUGGAGAAGGCCAUGGUUGCCCUCAUUGAUGUCUUCCAUCAGUAUUCAGGGAGAGAGGGUGACAAGCACAAGCUGAAGAAGUCAGAACUGAAGGAGCUCAUCAACAACGAGCUCUCUCACUUCCUGGAGGAAAUCAAAGAGCAGGAAGUGGUGGACAAAGUGAUGGAGACGCUGGACGAAGAUGGGGAUGGGGAGUGUGACUUCCAGGAGUUUAUGGCCUUCGUCUCCAUGGUGACCACAGCCUGUCAUGAGUUCUUUGAACAUGAGUGAGACAAAAAAAAAAAAGUGGCUGAGCCGUUUCCCCGUGGCAGACAUGAGGGCCACGAGAGGAGGCACGGCAGAAGGCUCGUGGGCUGGAAGGAGCUGCGCUCUCUAGACGCAUAUAACUAAUUAGGAAGCUUGAUUUGCUUCAGGGAUGAAACUCUGACCCCGUUCCCAAGGGCUGCUUUAAGUUAGCACAUCGUUUCUGCUACACUAGGUAUUCCUGUGAGCUGAAUGGUCCCGGGAACUAUUGAUAAGAGUCACUGAGGGGACGAAAUCAACACUCUGUGGGUAUAGCACUGGUUGUAGACCACCAUGCUCCUGUGGAAGGGUCACCUGUAAGAAUCAAGGCAGACUACCAAUAGCACCUCCGUUGGACAGCUUUCUUAGGUGUAAUGUAUGCUGUCCAUGCAUCUACAGACCCACAGCUGGAUCCACUGCCACCCGAAGAGGUUGGCUCGCCCUUACAACUGCUUGUCCUCUGUGCAAACGAUGCCCCGGAAAGUUAGACCUAUCACCCACACCCUCCCACCACCCCCAGCCCAAAAGGACAGCCCACUCAAGUCUCUUCUUCCACAGUGAACCGUGGUUUGUUACUAAGUACGUAUUUGACACCAACAGUUCUAACUGGUGGAACGAUUAGAUCUCGCACACUAAGUAUUAGCAUCCUAACUCACGACCGAGAAUCAAAAUUCUGCUCAGUAGACGUCUCCUUUCAGGAUGACACCAUUGUCCCCAUAGGACACGGACAGAGGAGGGCACUGGAGAGAGUGUCAGGUCUUUUUCUAGCUGUAUCUUCCUCUCUCCCUCUGCUGCCCAUAAUGUGAGUGACCCUCUAGGGUGAGACUUGCAGGGUGAGCUGCUGAGGAAUGAAGGGCCACUGAGAUGUGUCCUUUAGCUGCUGGGUGUCAUGUCUGACCUGCUGGUGCCUAGGGCCUGCUUAACACUCGGCAAGGCUGCGAGCCGAGGACUGUGGGAAGCCGGACUUGAUGCUUUCUAACCUGCAUAUUUGAAUGCCGAAGGUUCAAACAAUCCAAGUUACAGAUAAAUAAAAACCGCAUUGCAAGUAUUAAAAAGCCAUUCUAGGAAAAUUCUAA